AUGACUUUGAGGGAGGGGGACUGUGUCCCGAGUCCUCUUUCGUCUCGUCGCAGAAUCUACGGCAUUUUGUUGCCGGUCGGUAGAGAGGAGACUGGCUGCGCUGAAGAAGACUCUUUGUCGUGGUAUGAGCUCAUUCGUCAUGCAGAUGCCUGGAUCCUACUCUGUAGCCUGUCAGCCUUUCCGGUGCUGUACACAUACGGCAACCUGACGGCCGAAGAUGCCUUGCUUUUCGGAUGCAGUGCUUCGACCGAAUCGGGCCUCAACCCGGUUGACGUCAAAGAUCUCAAGACUUAUCAGCAGGUCUACCUCUACGUUGUUCCGAUUAUCACAAACAUGAUGUUUCUCAAUGCUAUUGUUGUUCCAGUGAGACUUUUCUGGUUCCGUCAACGACUGAGGCAGGCUGGAAUUGCUCGCGAAGUGACCAGGAAUGAUGAGGAAGAGGCACGACCUGCGACGAGGAGAGAAAGCCAGGAGACGGCUGUCAUUGACGAACCAGCACCUGCUCUUGCUCCAGCACCAAGCCCGCCCUUCUCUGCUCCACAAAGAACCACUACGAUUACAUUUGAUGACAAGGCCAUUGCUAGUGGAUACUCGAGAUCCGAAAAGCAAGUUCUAAGGAUUCCGAAUCCACGAGAGUCCGACAGAGGAGCACCCAUCACUGAAAUCGAGCCUGGCCUCCGCCGCAGCUACACUGAAGAGGACCCAGAUGCUAUCAAACCUUUGCCAGAAUUUCGCAGCGGCAGGUCGCGGAGGAGCUCGUUUCAUGCUGAAGGCACGAUCCUGAGCGCGGCAACAUCCAUCGAAAAGGCGGCGACGUCAGCGUUCAUCCUCGGAAAAGUUCGUCCGGCGCCUCGGAGACGGACCACUUCGAAGUCGAGAGCCAGUGCAAACAAUAAGCUCGAUCUGCCUAAUCUUUCUCGACAUGCAACUGUCGGUCGAAAUUCCAACUUUCACAACUUGACAGAGGCCGAUCGCGAGACACUUGGCGGCAUCGAAUAUCGCGCUUUAAAGCUUCUUCUCAAAUUCGUGUUCGGGUAUUUCUUCGGGCUUCAUUUCUUUGGCGCCAUCUGCUUGCUUCCUUGGAUCCAUAAUGCACCAUCUAAAUAUCUGGACGUACUCGCAGAGUCCGGGGUUGGCGCAACUUGGUGGGCGUUUUAUUCAGCGCAAACCAUGAGCAAUAACCUCGGCUUUGCUCUAACGCCUGAUUCCAUGGCAUCUUUCAAGGAUGCCACAUGGCCUUUGCUAGUCAUGACCUUCCUGGCGUUUGCGGGAAACACCUGCUACCCCGUUUUCUUACGCUGUAUCAUCUGGCUUACAUCAUUGAUGGUGCCGAAGAACUCCCAGACUCGAGAGACGAUACAGUUCAUCCUCGACCACCCCCGACGAUGCUAUACCCUGCUCUUCCCCAGUCGUCCGACUUGGAUUCUGUUCGGUAUCGUCGUCGUCCUCAACUUUGUCGAUGUUGUCCUCAUCAUCGUCCUCGACCUCGAUAACCCAGCGGUCAACGACCUGCCAAUGGGACCCCGAAUUCUAUCGUCGCUUUUUCAAGCCGCAUCAGCUCGUCACACGGGUACGGCAACACUCAGUCUUGUUGACGUAAACCCCGCUGUUCAAUUCAGCCUAUUGACCAUGAUGUACAUCGCCGUGUUCCCCAUUGCCAUCAGCGUUCGCGCCUCGAACACGUACGAGGAGCGCACGAUAGGUAUCUGGGCCAGGGAGGAGAACCUCAACGAGGACAACGGCGUCUCUUAUGUCAUGGUUCACGUCCGAAACCAACUCACCUUUGAUCUGUGGUACAUCUUCUUAGGGACAUUCUUGAUCUGCAUCGCGGAGUCGACGCUUAUCAUGGAUGUUGCCGAACCGACUUUCUCUAUUUUUGCCGUCCUCUUCGAAGUCACCUCGGCCUACGCCAACGUCGGGCUCUCUUUGGGCGGGCCAAGCGGACUUGUCUCGAUGUCGGGACACUAUACGAUAUUCAGCAAGGUCGUCAUUUGCGCGAUGAUGAUCCGAGGUCGUCACCGUGGUCUGCCUUACGCCCUCGACCGCGCCAUCACUCUUCCCUCCGAACAUACUCUAUCGGACGAGAGUUCAUCUGCUGAACAGAUCCCAAAAUCGUUGUCGCUUGGUCGCACCCAGUCAUCAGGAGCUCGCUCAGCUCCGUAG